AGUGGCAAUAAGGCAUUGAGGCAAUGUGUGGAUAACAAAAGUUGUUCCUCCUCCUCCAUUUGCAGGGUCUAUCUUAGAAGAAGAAGUAGCAGCAGCAGCAGCAGCAGGCCAAGGCAAGAGACAAGAUAGAAUCUGUACAAAAUGCUCUUAAUUGACUAAACAGAGUUAGUUGAAAGCAGAUUGAUUCUUGAAGCUACAACCAUGGCAGCAACUGGAGGAUCCAUAGCUGUUUGGAACUGCCCAUCUUGUUCUUAUUUCAGGCAGAAAGCCAGACCACCUCCAAAACCACUCACAUUAUCAUCACUACAGGUUUCCAAUGUAAUCUAUCAUCACAAGAGAAGCAUAUGCUGUUCAGCAAUUCAAGAAUCAUCUACACCCACAGUUGCUGCUGAAACAAAGGAGAAAAAGGAGGUGAAAAAGGCCAAGGAGGAUGGCAGUGAUGCUGCUGUUGCUAAGCCAAAACCUGCAGCAAAAGCUCCUGCAAAGCCUCUGCCUCAGAUGAUGGAAGAGGAUGUGAUCCCUACACUCAAAUCGACGUUAGAAACGCAGCAAGACAUCUCCGAGCUCAACCUCACCUACAUUGAUAAUAAGUUGGAAGGGUCAUUUGUGAAGAAAGGAAUUCCUUACACAUUUUGGGCUUUCUUCCCCAAUGGAACCAUCAAUGGGCCAAAGGGGUUCUCGAUAUCAUCGUAUGGGUCGGGAGUGAGCACUGUGGAGCCAUUCUUGGUGGAUGAGAGGAAGCCCACAGCAAAGCACGUUGUAUUCUGGGUUGAGAAGCGUUUGGCUGCUCAGGGAAUCAUCCCUGUUUGGAAAGAUCAAGAUUGAACCAACACUCACAAUCGGAUCAUAUUUGGAGCCUCCUAAUCCCAAACAAACCAUUUCUGUAAAUCGUAUAUAUACAUGUUUGUUAGUAUCAAUAUCCUCUUGUUCAUGCUAAAGAUUGAACUUAUGGCCUCCUAGUAUUCCCCUUUCCGACUGUAUGAAGGGUUGGAUUCUGUUUA